ACACAGACGGAGCACACAGCCGGCGCUCACACUGGUGUGUAUGAAUCAUGGUAGUCACCUCACUAUCCUGGUGCCUCUGUGAAGUACAGCACAGGCUUGGCAGCACCGGGAUCUGAACAGGGGAUCUCCUGGCACCAUGGACGUGUGAGCAAUGCUCUUAGCAAUCAUGUUUGAGAUUAAGAAGAUCUGCUGUAUCGGUGCUGGCUAUGUCGGCGGGCCCACCUGCAGUGUUAUUGCACAGAUGUGUCCUAAAAUCCAAGUCACUGUUGUAGAUGUCAAUGAGGCUAGAAUCAAUGCCUGGAAUUCAGACACGCUCCCCAUCUACGAGCCAGGGUUAAAAGAAGUGGUGGAGUCCUGUCGAGGAAGAAAUCUCUUCUUUUCCACCAGUAUUGAUGAUGCCAUCAGAGAAGCUGAUCUUGUAUUCAUCUCUGUUAACACUCCCACAAAGACCUAUGGGAUGGGAAAAGGGAGAGCAGCUGAUCUGAAAUACAUUGAAGCUUGUGCUAGACGAAUUGUACAAAACUCAAAUGGCUAUAAAAUUGUCACUGAGAAAAGCACAGUUCCAGUACGUGCUGCAGAGAGCAUUCGUCGGAUAUUUGAUGCUAAUACUAAGCCCAACUUGGAUUUGCAGGUGCUGUCUAACCCAGAGUUCCUUGCAGAAGGAACAGCAAUCAAGGACUUGAAAAACCCAGACAGGGUGCUCAUUGGUGGUGAUGAUUCUCCAGAGGGACAGAAAGCUGUCCGUGCUCUUUGUGCUGUUUAUGAGCACUGGGUGCCUAAAGAAAAAAUCCUCACAACCAAUACCUGGUCGUCAGAACUCUCUAAACUGGCAGCUAAUGCUUUCCUUGCCCAAAGAAUCAGCAGCAUUAACUCAAUCAGUGCUCUAUGUGAAGCUACAGGAGCAGAUGUUGAAGAAGUAGCGAGAGCUAUUGGAACUGACCAAAGGAUUGGAAAUAAGUUUCUGAAAGCCAGUGUUGGGUUUGGAGGCAGCUGUUUUCAGAAAGAUGUCUUGAAUUUAGUGUACCUUUGUGAGGCACUGAACUUACCUGAAGUAGCCCGCUACUGGCAACAGGUAAUAGACAUGAAUGAUUAUCAGAGGCGCAGAUUUGCUUCCCGUAUUAUUGACAGCCUGUUCAAUACUGUCACUGAUAAGAAGAUUGCUAUCUUAGGAUUUGCAUUCAAAAAAGAUACUGGGGACACAAGAGAGUCAUCCAGCAUCUACAUUAGCAAGUAUUUAAUGGAUGAAGGAGCAAAGCUCCAUAUCUAUGACCCUAAAGUACCGAAGGAACAAAUCAUCUUGGAUCUGUCACAUCCAGGUGUCUCAGAAGAUAACCAAGUGUCUCGGUUGGUCACUAUAAGCCAAGAUCCAUAUGAAGCCUGUGAUGGAGCUCAUGCCCUUGUAAUUUGCACUGAAUGGGACAUGUUUAAGGAGUUGGAUUACGAGCGUAUUCACAAGAAGAUGUUGAAGCCUGCAUUUAUAUUUGAUGGUAGGAGAGUUCUUGAUGAUCUUCAUAAUGAGCUACAAGUCAUUGGCUUUCAGAUUGAAACAAUUGGGAAGAAGGUGUCAGCCAAAAGAAUCCCUUUUGCUUCUUCCUGUGAAAUUCCGAAGUUCAGCCUGCAGGACCCACCUGUCAAAAAGCCCAGAGUAUAAUGUUUAAUAGGUACUGAAGGAAUUCUGUCACCUUCUUAGUGAUAAUAACUGUAACGCUAUGCUUUUUUUUUUAAGGAAAGAUAUUUUUCAUAAACUACAAACCAAUUUUACACUAGAAAACAGUACCUGGUACACAUGAACUCAGUGUAUUUUCAAAGCUCUAUUUUUCUAGCAAUUUUGGUUACUGAGGAUGGUACAAACCUGUUUUUAAUAAUGAAGCAACCUUUAAGUGGAGAAGUUACUCUCAAGCUACAAACUUCUGCUUCCAGAAGUGUUCCUACACUGCACUCUAAGUGUAAACGCUCAAGUGAUAUGAGCACAAAAGAAAUGGAACAUCUGUUUUAUUUAGUCCAGCUAUAAACAGUGAUCAGGAACUCAGUUGGUCUCACUUUUUUUAUAUUGUCAUUGGGGGUAAUCCUUUCCCCUUACAUGUCUGCUUUAACUGGUGGUGGAGUCAAAAGAUGAGUUCUAUGUGAAUUUUGGUAGUUCUGGGUUGAGACCUAAAACAGAGCUGACUGCAGCUACAUUGCCCUGACCUGACUGGGAUCAGUGGGCACUGAUGCAGUCUGAACUGCAUCUGUUGGGUGCCAGGUGGCUUCUGCAGAUGUCUAUCACAUACUUGCUGGCAGUGGAGUAGUUGCUAUAAACCAAUCCACUGGCUGAUCUUGUUUCUUAUUCUUGGUUCUUGCCUACAUUCCAUAUGCAGCACAUAAAUUACUGACUUGAUCAGAUUCCUGGGGCAUGGUUUUCGUAAGUUACCACAAUAUGACUUUCCUUCAGCAGAAGAGCAUUCUGCCUGCUGCUUGUUCAAACACUGAAUUUGAGCAGACACCUUAAUUCAGUGUCAGUCCAAGUAGAAAGCAAACGUUAGCUUCAAAGCUGAUGUUUUUUUUCUACUGUCCUUUCUGCUUAUAUCUUAGGAAUAAAAGCAGUAUCUUGAUGAAUCUGCAAGAAUUAUUCCCUGCUGUUCAGAAAACUAAAAGAAAAAAAAUUCAAACCCAUACAUAGUCAGCUUGCUACCUCAUUUCAUUAGCAGGAAUUAAUAGUUCCUCUAUUAUCAUGAUACUUUUGCCUUUAUUAUUACUUUCUUUCUACUUGUUUUUAUUAUUCUCAAUUGGCCAGUGCUAUUAAAGUCCUUGACUAUAGACUUUGUGUUUGGCUUGUUGCAUGGGGUUGUGAAAUGGAGAGUGUUAGAAAAAGAUGACCACAGAGAGAAUUUGGACUAGAAGGUAUGGAAGUCUUGGUUCAAUAAUAGAAUCCUGUAAGCAAUCACAGAAUACUCUCUGAAUGUGUACAACAGCUGUGCCUUCAAGUAUGCUAUGUCAAUAGUUGUACUGAGAGCACAAGAUCAAUGUCUUGGUAAUGAGGACUGUUACUGUAACUAUUUACCAUGGAAAUGCAGGUACCAUGUAAGCUUGAAGACAGAUCUUUGAAGAUUUGAGGGACAUGUGUAACAAUUUGUGGAGGCAAUACAAGGCACUGUUAACUGUUUGGCUGUACAACAUGUACUUUUGAGCUGGAUGCUUUCAGAUGCUCCACCUCAGUGGCUUCUGCAUCACUUUAGGCAAGUAUGCCUGAGGUUUUUUGGGUUUUUUUGCUGUGUCACACACAGGAUUCUUCUGUGAGGAGGAAGAAGAAUAUAUAUUGGAAUAUGAAUAUGUAUUGGAAGCUUAUCAAAAUGAAUGGGAAUUGCAGAGGCUUAAACUCAAAUUAUCAUCUUCUGUAGUGGUGUCUCCUCUUCCCAAGUCAUUAGGGCUGCUUUCAUACAACACCUAGAGCAAAGACUGCCCUGUGAUACAGGUGUGGCAAAUGUGAGUACUCAAACUCCAGAAUGCUGGAUCAUCUGGUGUAUGCAAGCAGACACCCUUCUGGACUACCCCAGCAGAAUCGGAGAGAGCAAGCUGGUAAUGUCUCCUUUGGGAUUAAGAGGGUACUAACAAGUAGUACUCUUGCCCUGAACUAUAGUUAGGGUACAAAAGCACUGUUUCAGGGCUCCUCUUGCAUAUAUGCAGGAGAACCUUAGCACAGGCCAAAAGAGACCUGCAGAAGCUUUUGCAGCACUGUCAAUCACCACUCAUCCUCUUCAGAGUACAGUUGCUAGGGAAAUAGUGUUGGAGAUGACUUGUGUUCCUGUUUCUUGAAGGUCUGUGCUCAUAAAAAAGCAUGAAAGAGAUGGGGUUUAGUGCUAUUGGGUUUGUGUCUAUGGGAUAUUACAGAACGUGAUUCUUGAUGAGAAUUGUGUAAUAUGAGCAAUAGAUUCCUGUGCUCUAUUUUUUAAUGUUUCUUAAUAAAAUGCAAUCCCACUGUAAUACCAUUUUUCAUUGCAAAAGUGUGAAUAUAGCAGCUGAAGCAGUACAGCUUAAUACAAGCCUACAAGUAGCAUAUGGGCUGCAUAAAUUGUCUCACUCACGAAGUACAGUCCUAGUGCCAGACAUGAUGUACUCUUUUUACUUCUUUGUAUGCAUGUGAAACUCUCAGUUCAGACAAAACUAUGCUGGUUCCUGGAAUGAGGAUGGCCAAGAGCGCUGCAACUGAAUAGAGCGCACACAUUUUUGACAAAGAGCAGUGUAAGAGCAGUUAGAUCUCAUGAUGGCUAGGAUGUUUAUACCUCUCUUCAUCCCUUGAAGCCUUGUUGGGAGUGACAUAGAAUUUAUAGUAUGCUAUAAUGCUCAAUAUCUGAAAGUCAAAAUGAAGUGUUAGACAGUAUGGGAAAUAAUAAUGUGUUAUCUAUGGCUGCUUUAGUGAUACUGGCAUAGGUCUUCAUUGCCUGCUUUCUUUUUUUCCCCUCAAUUCAAGUUGAGAAUUGCUAGUGCAAGUUGAAUGUCAUCUUUAAUAAGGUCCCAUGUAGUGAAAAAAGGGGACACCCCGUUCUCCUAUUAUUCACUGAUCAAAUGGAAAACAAAUCUAUUCUUAAAUGAAUGCUUUUGUUUUUUGACUUAACUCCUCUAUAAGUCAUUGGAUGGUGCAGCAAAUUUCCAGUUGGCUGUGUAAUGUUUAAUUGUGCUUUGUAUGUUGUUGGCUGGUAUAAUGAUGCUUUAAAAAAGGUCACUCUUAAAGAACACGUUGACUUGAGAUCAUGUUCCCAGACUGUUUUCUUGAGUGCAAGGGGAAACUGACAAAGCAGGCAUACAAUACCAUAAGAAGUGCAGACAGAAUUAAGUGCUUCACAGAUACUAAAUGUGAAAUCUCUAACCUUGUUUCUGAAGAGAAGUCAUGAAAUCAGUGCUGAAUUUAUAGCCAUAACCUCAGAGUGUUUCAUGCCUUUAACAUAAAGUUGUAGGGGAAAAAAUGGGAAUAGGGAUGAAAGCUGGUUGGAAAAGCAGUUUUUUCAACUAGGAAAAGAAUUUAAAAACCUGUGAUCUUUGUUGUACAAAUUGUCAGAGGUCCUCAAAGACUCUCAGAUAUGAAGCAAAAAUACAUCUAUGAAGCCAAAAUAUGACUGUUUUCCCUAGAAGCCAUAGCAAAGCAUGUGAUUAGAAAAAGGUUUAUAGAGCUUGUGUAACUUGGGGCCUGCUGUCAGACAGUUGUGCAAAGCCUGAGAUCAUCUUCUGCUCCACCCAGCAGCAGUCUGUAAAAUACUCCCCAUAUGAAAUAAUGUUAGACUUUGUUUUAUAGGAGCAUUAUUUCUCUCAAUAGGAAAAAAAGUCAUAAAUGAUGAUUGUGCAGUGUCUUCUUAGCAGUUUUAAAACUGCCGUAUGGCUCAGAACUUUUCAUUGUUUUUCUGGUGUCAAUUAUGCUGAAAACAGUAACUUGGCAAAAGCUACAAUAAUUGCCUCCUAAAUCUGCUCUAUCAAAUCCCAUUAUUUACAGGAGGGCCUCUAAUAAAAGCUGGCACUCGUUACGUGUCUGGGUAUCGUCAGGUUAGUGCUGCGCCCCUCCUGGCCUGCUGUAGCAUGGGCAGUAUUCAGACUCCUUGCUGUAGUGCCAACCUUCUGCUGCUCUGGUAUGUGGGGCAUUUCAAGUGAAGGGAGGUGGCUGUAGCCCACAGCAUGCUGUUCUUUUUCAAGACUACUCUGCAGACUUAUGACUUGUAAAAUUUUCACCUUUACAAGGUGUAGGCAUUAAACCUGAAGCAUAAAGAACAUACAAUCUCUCCCUAAUUUACACUACCAUUAUACUAUUUAAUUAAAUAUAUUCCUACUGGUUUUGUCUUCAUAAUGCCUUAGUAUUGCUAUACUUAGUGAUCUAUUUUGUGAAGUAUCGAUUAUGCAGCACUGAGACAGUGGCAGAGUUUGUCACAGACAGCAAAGGGCAAGAGCAAGAUUCAGCUUGCAAUUAGCUGUCCUUCUAACAUCUUGCAGAGCAUGGAGUGGUGGGAGGGUCCACUCUCCUUUCUAUAGACUACAAAAGUAUAUGUAAGUACUACAGACAGCUCCAUGAUUACUGGAAUGAGGAGAGUAUAGAAUUAAGAUAACAAAUUCCUGGAAUACUUCCCAACAAUCUCAUAAAAAUAAAAGCUUCAGCCACUUUUAAAUUAAAA